AGUCAAAAUCUAAAAGUAACCCAGUGAAGUGAGAGAUCAGCGAGAGUGAGGUACGGCCGGGUGUGUGAAUGUUCGAACUCAAAAUUACAUCAUACGGGAUUCCAGUAAAGUUGUGUGUGAAUUUGUGACAAAACUAGGAGAGUGUGGUUUUUUUAUAGACAUGGCUGAGAGUAGAGGAAGUCUGUUGGCGAAAUCUGUACAAAAACAUGCAGGAAGGGCCAAGGAAAAGCUAUUACAAAAUCUGGGGAAAGUGGAUAGGACGGCGGAUGAAAUUUUCGACGAGCAUUUACAAAACUUCACAAGGCAACAAAAUGCAGCCAACAGACUUCAAAAAGAAUUUAAUAAUUACAUUAGGUGUAUAAGAGCAUGUCAAGCGGCGUCGAAAACCCUCCUCGAAGCCGUAGGGGAGAUUUACGAGAGCCAAUGGACGGGCCACGACCACAUGUACGUCCAGACGCAAUCGGUGGACAUGCUGUGGCAGGACUUCAGUCACAAAUUAGGGGACCAAGUUUUACUACCGCUGAACACUUACCAGGCACAAUUUCCCGAAAUGAGGAAAAAGAUCGACAAAAGGGGCCGCAAGCUGGUCGACUACGACAGCCAGCGACACAGCUUCCAGGCGCUGCAGACGAACAUGAAGAAGCGCGACGAGGCGAAGAUAGCCCGCGGCAAGGAGCAGCUCGACGAGGCGAAAAGGACCUACGAGAUCCUCAAUUCGGAGUUGCACGACGAGCUGCCGGCUUUGUACGAUUCUAGGGUGCUGUUCCUGGUCACGAACCUCCAGUCGCUGUUCAAUUCGGAGAACACUUUCCACUCAGAGACUGCGAAGGUGUUUGGUGAACUGGAAGCUAUCGUCGACAAACUGGCCACCGAUAGCCAAAGGGGAUCUUAUAGCGUGAAGAAAACGAACGGCGCUGCUAGUCUUCCACGUCCUUCCAGCAUCAUUAAAAACUCCACGGAGCUCAUCAUCAACAAUUCGUCUCCUCUCGGCUCUGCUAAAGCCGAAGACCCCCCCACGCCUUCCCCCACCGCCGCCGCUCCCCCCGAAAGGGACCCGACCGCCCCCCCAACCCCGCGACCCGACGCCUCCCCCCCGCUUUCCCCCGCGAAGCCCGACCGGGAGGCAGGCAGCCCCCCGGACUCCCCCGCUGCCCGUCCCACCCCCAAGCCGGAGCUGAACGGCAACGGGGCCAGCGAGGGAGGCGACUCUCCCUCCCCCGAGUCCGAGCCCGAAGGCGGCGCUGACAGGGCGGCCAAAGCUAGCGUUACUAACAAUGCGGAGGGUGGCAAGGUGCAGGAGUUGUACGAUAUACCGGAGGAUGCCAGCACUGAGAACUUGCCCCCAGGCGUGCUCUACAGAGUGAAAGCCACAUACAAGUAUACAAGGGAAGAUGUGGACGAGCUGUCUUUCGAUGUCGGAGAAAUCGUAUCUGUUAUCGAAUACGAUGAUCCUGAAGAACAGGAGGAAGGCUGGUUGAUGGGGAUGAAAGAAAAUGGAGAUAAAGGCAUGUUCCCAGCAAACUUCACCAGGCCAUUGUAAUAAGAUUGGGAAGCCAAGUAAAACAUCUUUGUGAAUUCAGAUAUUAAAUUAAUGAUCCAUUGAUUGAAACGAAACAUUUGGCAUGUCAUUUUUUACAUGCCCUAUUUAAUGAACAAGUGCCUUACUUCAUGAUAUAUUUUUAUAGUUUUUUUAUGUUGAAUUUUAUUUUAACAUCGAAUAACUGAGUAAUUGUUAAUUUAUUUGUUCAUUGUUAUUUCUUUAUAGAAUCUAUAUCUGUUUGAUUACUAAAAAAAUCUAUAUACUUCCAUUGAGUCUCACCAUUUUAUUAUUGACAUUUUAAUUUUUAGUAGUAGGUUUUGGUUUGAGUCCAUUUUUUUAUUGCUUACUCAAUUUCCAAAUGAAUGGAAUUACUUAAAUUCAUAUUAAUAACCUUUUGAUACUCAGGAGAAGAGAAAAACUACAUGAAAAAUAAAUAAAAUUAUUUAUACUCACUCAAAAUAUACCCUAUUUUUCAACGUUACAAAAAAUAUUUAAACAUAAUUAUGGCUCAGUAAUAUCUUGCUCAUUCAAGUAUUUGUCUUCCAGUAUUAGUUGAUAUAAAAAGAAUCAAAUAUGACAAAUAUGAUAUUAAUCAUUAAUUACAAAAAUGUUCCAUUUAUUUGUUGAAUGUUUCAAGGCUUCCAAACAAUACAAGUGUUUUCUAUGAUUAACUUCCCUGCAAAAAAUAACAGCUCAUCGUCACACCCUCUUUUAUCUUCUAGUAGAUCUAAAAAGUAUGACUUUAGCUUUCUUACUAAUGAAUCAACCCAUAGUUCAAAGAUGAAAAGCAGAUGAAUGUUAUUUUUUGAUUUUUUUGCAGGGCAGAGUACAUCUAUCUCAGCACUAUGGACAUUUUUAAAGUGUUUUGUCUUUUGACUCGUUUGAAAAAUUGCUCAAAUGAAAAAAUAAUGCUGUAUUGCUGAAUCUAGUCGAAGGUUUUUUUUGAAAAAGUUUUCUUUGGAAAUGUUCAUACUUGUGCCUUUGCUCCAUAGUAUCAGUUAUUUAAAUAUUCUUUCAGGUUUAUGACGAUUGUUUGACUUUUGAUCUUUCAUGAUUUGUUUUUCAGCUAGAUAUCUGUAGUAUUUGUUUGUAUAUGCUCUACUCUGGCUAAGGAUUGUUACUCUUUGUAUUGUAUUCAGAUUGUGCGAUAGAUUUUAACUUAUUUUUAUUCUUUUUAAUUAUGUUGUAAUAUUUUAUUAACUUAUUAUGUAGUGUAUGUUUGAUUCGAUUUAAAAUAAAAAAAGUUAGUUC